AUGCCGGCGGUGACGAUGCCGGCGGUGACGAUGCCGGCGGUGACGAUGCCGGCGGUGACGAUGCCGGCGGUGACGAUGCCGGCGGUGACGAUGCCGGCGGUGACGAUGCCGGCGGUGACGAUGCCGGCGGUGACGAUGCCGGCGGUGACGAUGCCGGCGGUGACGAUGCCGGCGGUGACGAUGCCGGCGGUGACGAUGCCGGCGGUGACGAUGCCGGCGGUGACGAUGCCGGCGGUGACGAUGCCGGCGGUGACGAUGCCGGCGGUGACGAUGCCGGCGGUGACGAUGCCGGCGGUGACGAUGCCGGCGGUGACGAUGCCGGCGGUGACGAUGCCGGCGGUGACGAUGCCGGCGGUGACGAUGCCGGCGGUGACGAUGCCGGCGGUGACGAUGCCGGCGGUGACGAUGCCGGCGGUGACGAUGCCGGCGGUGACGAUGCCGGCGGUGACGAUGCCGGCGGUGACGAUGCCGGCGGUGACGAUGCCGGCGGUGACGAUGCCGGCGGUGACGAUGCCGGCGGUGACGAUGCCGGCGGUGACGAUGCCGGCGAAUAUGGAUAGAUCUUCUGGAUGA